AUGGCGCGGUUCGACUUCGCGCAUCCACGAGUCGCACCCGCAUUUAUUUUUAAUGAUGUUCGAACUGGCGAGAAGUGGGAGAGAAGCAGAAAAACUUUCCCAACCUUCCAUACAAUUUUGCAGUACAGGUCAGAAAGAGGGGAAACCAGCAAAGACGAGGUGAGAAUAGAAAGUCGAUGGUCCAAAAAUAAUCUUCGUCCUUGGAUUUCCUUCAACCAUGUUGUCCGUCAUGUGACCUACAACGACGCCACCGACGAUUUCUCAGUGGUUGUGAAAAACCUUUCCGAAGACCGGGUGCUUCCUGUUCAAACGUUUGAUAAUGUCAUCGUUGCAACUGGGCACUUCUCUGUUCCCAACAUCCCUUCAUUUCCUGGAAUAGACAAGUUCUCUGGCCGGGUUUUACACUCGCACUCUUUCCGGAAUGCCUCUCACUUUAAGGACAAGAACGUUCUCGCGGUAGGCUCAAGCUUAUCUGCAGAAGACAUCGCCAUCCAGUGUCUCAAGUAUGGUGCGAAAAGCAUCGUUUGCACUUGGCAAACAAAGCCCACGGGUUUUCCUUUUCCCCCUGAGAUAACAGAAAGACCCCUGUUGACCAGGAUCGAAGGUAGCACAAUCCAUUUCAAAGACGGCUCCUCAACAGAAGUUGACGACAUCAUUUUGUGCACAGGGUAUCGUUAUUCCUUCCCGUUUCUUGAAGAUGAUCUGCGCCUGAAGACCGUUCUUAACCUGUACCUCAUGGGACUCUACAAGGGCAUUUGCUGGACCCAGGGAGGAAACAGCAAGCUUCUGUACUUGGGAAUGCAGGCUCAAUACUAUACCUUUAUCAUGUUUGAUGUACAAGCCAAAUGGGCGGUGGAUUACAUCACAGGAAAGCUUUCCCUUCCAGACAAGCAAACCAUGGAGAGUGACUGCCAGAAAUGGCUUGCCAGGUAACGUCAUCGUUUAGUUAGCAGGUGGAUGUAUCAUUCUGUUCAGCCUAAUUUUCAGGUUUUGUAGCCGGGGAACACCCUGUUAACCAGAACCCAACGUGACGGGCUCCAAAUCUGGCUCUUAGAAGUCGGCCGAAUUGAUAGCAUGGGGGUUCUUUAGAAAUAUGAAGAUGACGGAUCGAAAAAACAACAGCAAGCUAGAAUACAACUCCUUUCCGACCAACCAUUACUCGGUAAUGUCACCAAAAUUCCUGGUGACAUUAGUAAUUUUUGUAACACGAGUAUUUUUUUUUUGAAAUAAUUUGUAAAUUGAUUGUGGUGGCUUUCUUGAAAAUCAGUAAGCAAUGCAGUUAGUCAGACAGUCAGUCUGUUUGUCUGUUGAUCUGUCUGUCUGUCUGUCUGUCUGUCUUCUAUUUGCUUACCUUUCUAUCUGUUGGUCCGUAUUAUAUGUCUAUUCUUCCAUCUGUCUGUCUCUCUGUCUAUCUGUUUGUCUG